AUGGCCAUAGUUGAACAGCCACAGCCUGGGUGGGCUUCUUAUCACAACCCCCACACCAACAACUGCCAGGAUCUGGGCAACUCCAUCUUGUUGCUGUUGGGCCUCAUCAUCUGCAUUAACAUUGGCAUCAACAUGGUGACCCUGCUCUGGCACAGACUCCGUUACUUCUUACGCCAAGUGUUCCAUAUUAUUUGUGUGAAAGAAACUCCUAAAUCAUCCUCAUCUGGGAAAAAGACCAGUAAGCCUUCAAGGAAGAAAAGCCCCCCUGCAGUCCACCUUCGAUGUACCAUGGACCCUGUGAAAGUGACUGUGACCCCCCCACCCACUCGCCGCCAUCACAAUCGAGACAUUCCAAUGUACCAUGCCUACUGUCCGGUCAACUGGACCCCUGACACUGAUGAUGAGAAAUCCCUGUAUCAGCACCCAGAAAUCUGCUCCCAUAACUGGGAUUGCCCUGAGGACUGGGAAGGCUUUCAAUCUACCCAGGGGGUCUUGGAUUCCUGGACCCAGAACACCAUGGUGCCACCUACCCAGACCAUCCGCUUCCAACAGAACCCAAGGGGAAAGCCUCUCAAAACAGAAAUCCAGUCAGAGGUGGGCCUAGAGGCCUACGUGUACCCUGUCAAUCCCCCACCUCCCAGCCAUGAGGCCCUGAACCAUAAGAACAAUGGGGUGGAGGCAGAGGCCACUUCCUGCCCACCUGCCCCACCACCUGUCCUGGGCCCAGCGAUAGUCCCUGACAUUCCCCGGCGCCUCUCCUCAGGCCGCGUGACAUAUGAUGCCCGUGAUGUGAGGCGGCGGCUACGUGAGCUGACGAGGGAGAUAGAGGCCCUGUCCCACUGUUACCCCCUGCCAUCUAGGUCAAGCACUGCGGAAGGGACAGGCCAGGGCUGGGUCUACCACUCCCUAGCAGGGAGUACCCAGGAAAGCCCUCAGAUCCCAGCCCAGAUCCUCAGCCAGACCCGUACUUCAGGAGAGGACCCCAUCCCCAUGACCAUAGUCCUCAGAGGUUUGGUCUCCAUCAGAGUCCAGGUUUAG